AUGGCAUUAUUACACAUCUACGGUGUUAAGCGAUUAGGGAAGCGUGAAAAUACACUCCUAAAAGUUAUCUUCAAUCGCGGAUACUCUACACGCUAUUUGACUUACACCGAGUACAGCAGCCAAAUAAACUGCGCAUCAUUUGGAUCAGGAAGAAGCGCCGAAUCGAAAGUAGGAAUUUUUCUUUCUUUCUUUCCUGAUAUAAUGAUAAUGGUGUUAAAGAGUCACGCCUGGCAACCUGGUAUAAAGAAUCCGUAUCGAGGGUCGAUAGUUUGGAUCCAGCCAGAAACUAUACAGAUACUAUUAACGUUGUACAAGUAUUCUUACAUGCAAGAUUAUGAAGACAAAGAGUGGUCUAUUCUUUUAGAAGAUGAGUCAACUACCGGUAAAAGAAGGGAAGUUGCUAUCAUACUGUUAAAUAUGGCACGACAUUGCAAUUCCAUAUCGCUGACUUCCAAUCUUACGCUAAAUAUGAGGCCCACUACUAAAAAGAUUAUUGCUGCUCGUUUGGAAUUGACUAUUACAUCUGAAUUAAUGCGAGAGAGAACGCGCAGUAUAUCUGAUAUAGGCCGUUCAAGCAGUGUUGCAAGCUUGACUGACUUACAAGCUGAAAAUAUGCUAGUUGAUGAUGAAUAUAGUAAAUCCGUAGCUCAAGUAUCCAAGCGUUCUUCAGAUGAAUCAAAUGUUCAACGCCAUGUAGAACUGACGGAUAAUUACUCACACAAUGAUCGUAUCAAGUCUCAUAGCUCUCCUACGUUAAGAUAUUCUAUAUCAGGGGGCGAUAUCACACCUAUAGUAGAGGAGUCGGAAAGUAGUUCAUUAUCUCGUAAAUCAAGCGAAAUGGUUAGUGGCUUUUGCGAAACGACUAAGAGAAAUCAAUCUGAUAUCUUGAAACAACAUACUAAAAUCGAAGAACUAUUUAUAAUCUGUUAUAAUGAAUGUGUAUCGGGUGGUGGAAUACGCCAUCGUCCAUAUUACAGGAAUAGCAAUUCCAGCAGUAAUGACAGAAAAUCCCGUGUUAGUCAGUAUGCCUUAUCUGUCUUGAUGACUAUAAGGACAUACAUAAUAAGGUGCUUUGAAUGCUUAGUUACUCGUGUAUUGUAUUUUGAGGCUUUGAUAUUACAAUCAACUAAGCUUGUUCUUCAAUUGCAGCCUUCUCAGAAGCAAGACUUACUUGAUUGGUGUCAGGAAUGUACUAAAGACUACGAGAACGUUGAAAUAGUUAACAUGUCGUCUUCUUGGAAGAAUGGGCUAGCAUUUUGUGCUAUCAUUCACUACUACUACCCAGAAUUGAUACCUUAUGACACCUUAAGUGAUGACAACUGUGAAAGGAACUGCCACAUCGCGUUCGAUGCAGCCAAAACACUUGGUGUACCAAAACUAUUAGACUCAUCUGAUGUUGCCAAUGAAGACAGAUUAGAUAAAAUCAAGCUCAUGGAGUAUCUUUUUCUAUUAAAAAGACAAUUACGAUGUACCAUUGAAGAUGAACCGCAGUACCUAGAAACUAAACGAAGGAAAUCUAAAGGAGACUGUGAAACUAUUUCUUGGCACGAUCGCCAGAACAGUUUACCAUGUUGCAUUCAUGAAAAAGGCUGGGCAACAGCUAAUUCUAUAGCUAAGACGGUAACAGCUAAAAUAGUCGUUAACUUUUUAGAUGAUCAAGACGUGAAACGAUUACACUAUUCUGAUACUUUACAUCCACUAAAAGAGGAUUGUCUGGAAAAUUAUUCGAAGCGCCGUCAUACUAUGGAUAGCUCCAUUCAGAGAAAUCGUCGGUUGCUGCCCAUUCUACCUUCUCGACAGGAAACUGUGUCAAAAAUCUUUACUAAUCAGUUACAGUCAAAAUCAUACGAAUUGAAUACAUCAGGAACAGCACGUUCGAUAGCCAAUUAUUCGCAGAGGAGGAAGCUGGUAUUAUUUGAAGGCAGUGCAUCUAUAAAGAGGCCUGAAAGUAUAGAAACUAGCAGCUGGAACUUUAACAGUCAGGCUGGCGCCAGCGCUGGUUAUCAAAGUGAAAUAGAUUAUGGUGUUAAUCACCAAGACUUUAUUACUCGUAAGGAAGACAUACAGAAUAGCCUUCAAUUACUCGCAGAGCGAGAUGCAGUUACAUUUGCAGAUAUAAAUAAAAUAGAAAAAGAACUGAGAAUUGCUAUUAAUAGUUCACAUGAUCCAAGCAGAAAUAAGCAGUUAUUAAGACAGAAAAUCGCCUUAUUACGGCAAAGAAACGAAAUAACUAGGGAACAGAAUGAACUAAGUUUGCGGUCUAAAGAAAAUGAUCUCGAAUAUGAAUCGAGCCUUAUAGAUCGUGAGCUAUACGAUUUAUCUUUAAUUUCUGAUUUUAAUAAGUCUGAUAAACAAACACAACGAAUACAACAUUUGGCUAAGGAAAAGUUUAAGCUUGUAAAUGAGAGAGAUAGAAUUGUAACACAAAUGGAGAAAUAUCGGCGUAGAGCUGAAGCAGAAGACAAUGAACUUGAGCAAGCAACCAAGAAUUUAGAAAUUUUUGAUGAAGAAGACGAUGACCUAUGUUGUGUUCAGUGAUCGACUACAUAGUAUUGAAAUAGAAGCUGAAAUUUAACCUUGCUUUGAAUAAGAUUAUAAUGCUAAGUCUUGGAGAGAAUACCUCAAGAAAUAUAUUUUCGACGGUAGUCAAAAUCAAUGUAUAUCGUUUAAUCAGGUGCCGAUAUUCUUGUUACUGUAUCGAAAGGUUGUGGCCUAAUAACAUUAUUAGUAAAUCGUAUAGUAAUCAAGUAUGAUACAACGGAAAAAUAUUGGAUAUCUGUUAAUGCUUUAGCGGCGUCCUCAUUGAAGCUGCUAGUUACUGUCAAUUUUUAGACGCUCUUAAGCGGAAAUAAAAAUAGUGAC